GUCAGGAACAUGGCCGCCAAAGGCGGACCUCGGAGGCUGAAAGUGCCUCCCACGGACCUUGGGCACUUGGAGGACCUCCUGGCCGAUGUUUUGAGGAAGGAGGGCGAGUUCAACUUUCGGUCAUACCGGACCGUUCUGCGAACCCAGGCGGUGGUCGGCUCGGACUUGGCAGUGCUGACAAGUUUCAUAGAGAAAUUGAUGCUUGCACAACCGAUGCUGCUCUUCAAAUACCAAGAGCUCAAGCAGGUAUACCAGAAGAUCGUCAUGACCUAUCCAUCUUUGCAGCAAAGCCAGCCCGACAAGGACAGCUCUGAGAUCGCGAAGAAGCUGGCUGAGCAAACGAUGACUUUGGCCUGCCAUGCGAGACGGCUUCGCGACCCUGUGAGGUUCAAGGAGUGCACGAAGAACCUCUAUGAUUGGCAGGUCCAGAAGCUGCAGACUCUGCGAGAAGAGCUGCAGAGGCUUCACGAGGACUACGAAGAGGAGCAGAAAGAGCUGCAGAGCAGCAAGGCGGGGAAGGGAGAUGAGAAGGUGAAGGGGCAGGGCGGCUCCGUGAUCAAGUCUCCUGGCAUCCUGAAGAAGUCUCCUGGCAUCCUGAAGAAGCCCAGUACGGUUCAGUCCGACUUCGAUUCCUUCAUGGAGACCUUGGAGUUGCCCGCCACGAGUGCUGAUGAAAGCAUGAGUUGCCCACGGACCCCUUCGAAGAUCCUCCUUAAAGCCGAAGAGACUUCGCCGGUGCCCAGUCGAAAGAAGACCCUGAAACAGCAGAUUGCCAUGAAGAAGUUGCCGGUGAAGAAGAUGCCGAAGCCAAAGAAAUCCAAGAAAACGCCGGGCAAGGGCCUCGUGAAGGAGAAGAAGGAGGAGAAGAACAACAAGGAUGGCAAGAAGACGAAGGAGAAGAAGAUGAAGACGAAAGAUAUGGUGCUGACAAGCAGCGAUCGGGACAAGUUGUUCUUGAUGCCCUACAGGAAGACAGG